AUCAUCCAUAUCAUCAGUAUAAUCUCUUCACACAUUAGAUCCGGUUCCAUGGCAUCAUGUCUUUAGGAUCACCGCUACAGUGGCAAGCGGCUCUGUUGACCAUUGUCCCAUUCGUUGACACUGCGCCGCCGGAUCUGCCGAAAGGUGUAAUAAUCACAACAAUCAUAGGCGUAAUUUUAUUCUGCCAGUAUGAUUACACGGAAGGAACUGUUAUAGCGUCGCUCGCUGCUAUAGAAGAGCCGCCAGACUUUGUGGAAGCCGAACCUUUGAAAGAUGGCGAUGCCACUGCACCCAGUGCCUGUGAAAAGGGCCUCGCCGUCGGAACUAGCAUUUCACCACAGAGUCAACCAGCAGGUAUAAACAAAUACCUUCGGCAUAUAAGGCAUGUUGUUACAAAUAAUCUUAUCGUCUUCGUGUCGUUCUACCUUCUUUCAUUCAUGGGCAUCAUUAGCGAAAACUUUGUGGCUUCUCUUCGUGUUUAUUGCCUGGUAAGCACGGCUGUCACUAUGCUAUCUUCCAUACCGAAAGAAGGGCUUUUAUUCAAAAUCCCCUCCAAUGCUAUCACCAAGGAGAGAAGCCGUGUUCGCCGACACUUACGAGAUGAAGGAGGACGAUGGUCUUUAUUUCGCGGAUUCGACAUUUUCCUAGCCUACAUGCUACUGACCAUCCUGGGCUUAAUUCUCGUGAACCCACUUUUUGCCCAGGAGAGCCUGCCAUUUCCUGCGUAUGUCUUGGUGAGAUUAUGCUUGGGACUUCCUUUGACAAACCUACAUAUGGCUUGCGUUCAUGCCGCAAUAUCCAAACAAAACAGGAAGCCUUUCUGGCAGAGAAUUCCUGGCUGGCAUGACUGGAUCACAAUUGCACCAGUUGCGUCGCUCGACAUCGUCUUACCAGCUUCCGCCCACUUUGUGGCUAGCCAGAUCCUGGCAUUCCUUCACCAAAGCUUUCCUAGUAUGAUUGGAGCUCAAGCAUGCCAUGGCUCCGAUUCUCCGGCAAACUCCUACGGACUUAUGGUUCUCUCUGCCACACCCUAUGUCUUAAGCUUUCUGGCCUCGGCCGUAACUCGGGUUAUUUACAUUCGCGUUUCCGCGUCCCUGUUACCAGACGAUGAUGAGCCGGUCAUUCCGUACGACCGCGGUGGAAGCCGAAUUAAUAACGGCAGCGUUUCUCCUCUUAUCAUCCUCAAUGCUUGCCGGACUAUAAGCUUGGAUAACUACUUGCGGUAUCUAAGAACUGUUACAGAUGUUGCGUUCUACGAGAUGGGUUGGCUUGUUUUUCUCCUCUGUAUUGUCUCUGUAGAAGUCGCGCUUUUUGCGCCAUGUGUUUUUUUGGAUUACGCUCUGCUGUUUGCAAAUGCUGUCCUUGGAUGCUCAGAUGCUUGAGGGCUUUGUUCACGCACAUCCACACGAGCGAUUGAUCAGAAGCUGUGGGCCCGUUUUACAGCAAUGUAUGCCCUGGUGGUACUAUUUUCUACCAAAGAGAUACGUGGAAAUACCAUUAUAGCCGGAAUUUUGCUAUACCAUUCAAUACGCAUCAGGCAGUUUACACGUGAUUUGGUUUUACAUAUUUAUGACGCAUUGGCGC